GAGAGAAGAGAGAGAGAGAGAGAGAGAGAGAGAGAGAGAUGGGAGAGAAGGAGAGCUACAGGCGAUUUCUCAACCCCUUGGUUCUCAAUCUACAGAAGAUGGAGCUCGAAUUAACAUGCCCCAUUUGCUUGAAGUUGCUUAGUGUGCCAAGUUUAUUGCCUUGUAACCACAUAUCUUGCAGUCUUUGUGUUACUGCUGCGACAAUAAAUGGUUGUGAGUGUCCGAUUUGUAAAGCGUCUUUUCAUUAUCAAGAUUUAAGGCCAGCGAUUCAAGUCGAAGCAAUAGUGAACAUCUACAAAAGCAUGAAUUCUACUAUAAGCGCCAUUUUCAGUCAACGAGAGCCACAAAUUGAUAUUCCAGACACCAAGACACCUUCAGGUGGAAGUACGGACUCGGGAAACAAAAAUGAUGAUGAUAAGUUUGACGAGGAGCAAAUACAUGAUAUCCUUAGAAUGAGAUCAACAUAUAUUAACUCAUCUGAACCUACAUUUGGUAAUGUGGAUUGCGUUAAACCCAAUCACUACAGGGAAUUUAGUGAACUUGCUACUAAUGGGAGCACUAAAACAGAUAAGGUUGGUAAUAAAUCGCUUAUGGGAAAAAGGGAACCAUAUAGCUGUCCAUCUUCUGGUGAAUUGAAGGACUUGUUUUCUGAUAGCAAUGAUAUGGAAAGUGAACCGAGAAUGAAGAGAUCACCCUUUGAAGGUUCACUCAACAAAGACUUAGCUGGAAAGAAUCAACUAAUAGAGGAUCAAACUAGAGAAUCAAAGAGACAGAAAAUGGAUAGCCUUGCUGUUUUUGAGAGAGAUACUGAUGAUACCAACUGCAAGGAUUUCUUGGCACUGAAUUCUAAGCUCACUACUGAGCAUGAAAGAAAACCAACAGAUCCAAAGUUCGGGAAAAGUGAAGGAACAAAUGGUACCUGUAUGGUAGAGUGCGCAUUUUGUCAUUCUUUUAGCUCUUCAGAGGUUUCUGGACCAAUAUUACAUCUUCUCGAUGGAGAACCAGUAACAUUUGAUCAAGCUUCACAAGUCAAUGUCUUGAAUGUCCAUGAGAAAUGCAUAGAAUGGGCCCCACAAGCAUAUUUCUCAGGCGAGACGGUUAUGAACCUGGAACCUGAAUUGGCACGCGCGUCUAAGAUCAAAUGCAGUAGCUGUGGGUUGAAGGGGGCGGCUCUUGGUUGUUAUGCUAAGAGCUGCCGUAGAAGCUUCCAUCUCCCAUGUGCUUACGAGAUCCAAGGCUGUCGUUGGGAUACAGAUAACUUUCUUAUGCUUUGUCCUACUCAUUCUGCGCACAAAUUGCCGUGUGAUAGAUCAAAGAAUAAAGAAAAAUCCAAGGCAAAGAAUCCAUCAUCCUGUUCCAAUUUGUUGCAUGGUGAUCUGACAUCGUCUAUGAAGGAGCAAAGCAAUGUAUUCUGGACAGCAUCAUCUAGUAUGACUAGAGAAUGGAUACUAUGUGGAUCUGCUCUUUCUAGCAAUGAUAAGGAAAUUCUGGAUGAAUUUGUUGGUUUAACAGGUAUAGCUGCAAUUAACUAUUGGAAGCCGAAUGUUACCCAUGUAAUUGCUGCCACCGAUGAACGUGGCGCCUGCAGCAGAACACUCAAGGUGCUUAUGGCUAUAUUGGGCGGCAAAUGGGUCGUAAGUGUAAAUUGGCUCUUGGCUUGUAUGGAAGCUGGACAUCCAGUCCCAGAAGAGCCUUAUGAAAUCAGUUAUGAUGUUCAUGGAUCCUUUGAUGGGCCUAGAACUGGAAGACUAAGAGCAAUGCAGAAGGCACCAAAACUAUUUGAAGGGCUAGCCUUUUAUUUCAGUGGGCAUUUUAUGCCCUACUACAAGUCCCACCUUCAAGACCUAAUUACAUCUGCUGGUGGGAUCAUCUUGCAAAAGAGUGAGCUCUCUCACGCAUCCCUUAUUGUUUACAGCACAGAACCUCCGCAAGGGAGUGAUGCGAAUGACCUUAACGACGUCAUAAGGAAGAGAAAAGAGGAAGCUGAAGAACUCGCCGUUGUAGCCAGCUGCCGGGCUGUUACUCACACUUGGCUUUUGGAUUCCAUUGCUGCUUGCAAUGCGCAACUGCCCAUGCUGAAUUCAUAGCUGUUGUCUUAGGCAUUCCGAUGUUGUUUGUAGUUUGUAGUUUGAUUAAUUUAGAUGUUGUUGUAUGCAUUGUAACAUUUUUAUUUAUGUUCCCAUCAUCUAUUCCGCUCAAAUGUUGUAAUACUAGGUGUUUUCUUGCUUGGAACUGCUUCGAUUUUAAGAAAGUCCCAAGUGCAAAGCAAAUCAGUUGUUGUGAUUGUUACACUAUUUUGAGCGAGGGACUAUUAAAAGGUUAUCAA